AUGAUCAACAUUGGAACGAAAGACAAAAUGUAAUAACUAUUUUUCAUAAUUACUCAUAAAUGAGAUUUCAUAUUUUAUUAUGUCAAUAAAUUAUUUUUUUAUUUCCAUAAUAUCUACUAACUGUUGUCGUUGAUUUCCUAAAAUUAAAUUAAAUUGUCAUCUAAUAUGGAAGAUUAUAAGUUUCUUUUCAAAGUAGUUUUAGUUGGAAAUGCUGGCGUUGGAAAAACAUGUUUAGUUCGUCGUUUUACUCAAGGGAUGUUUCCUCCUGGCCAGGGUGCAACGAUUGGUGUAGAUUUUAUGAUAAAAACUAUAGAAAUUGACAAUGAAAAAAUUAAACUACAAAUUUGGGAUACUGCAGGACAAGAAAGAUUUCGUUCAAUAACUCAAAGUUACUACAGAUCAGCUCAUGCAUUAAUAUUAAUUUAUGACAUAACAUCUCAACCAACAUUUGACUGUCUUAAUGAUUGGCUACGAGAAAUUGAUGAAUAUGCAAGUAAUAAAGUUUUAAGAGUUUUAGUGGGUAAUAAAAUUGAUAAAGAAGAUCGAGAAAUACCUUCUCAAGUUGGACAAGAAUUUGCUCAACGACAUGAUAUGCGUUACUUAGAAACAUCAGCUAAGCAAGCUGACAAUGUAGAAAAAUUAUUUGUUCAAAUUGCUUCAGAGUUAAUGGAGAAAGCAAAAUCAAAAGGAGUACAUUUGGAAAAUCCACAGUCUGUACCAUUUAACACCAGGACUACCAAAUCAAUCAAUGAUUUUUGUUGUAACCGUUAAACUCAAAAGAGUGAAUCUAUAGAAGUAAUGGUAUGAAUUGAUAAUAGGAAAAAUGUAGUAUAUUCCUUUAUGACUUUUAUUAUUCAUAUAAUCAUAUCUAUAUUUGAAUUAUCAAUUUAUUAUUUGGAAAAAUUUCAAAAUCAUCACCGAUAACUUUUUUUACUUAUUAUUUUUUUUUAAUUAUAGUAAAACUUCCUAUGAAAUAAUUUAAUAAUAACAUAAGCAGUAUUUAUUGGUGAAAAAUAUUUUUUUCUUGCUAAUUUCAUUAUAUGGUAGUAGGGUUCACACUAACUAACAUCAUCAAUAUUAAGUUGUAAAUUAAAAGAAGUACUACAAUAUGGAUCACAAUAAAUUACUAUUCUGUUGCUAUAUAAUAAGAAGUUUUUCAAAAAUAUAAUCAUCAAUUUUUUUUAGAAUUUUGACUAUCAACGGUUCAAAAAUUCUUCUUUUU